GCCCCAGUGCUCACUGAGGCUGAGGAAUCGCGUCCCCGUUUCGCUCCAGAGCAUCCCGUCUUACAGAGACAGGGCUGGGAAUGGCUGGGAUGGAGCCAGCUCAGGUGCCGGUGACCUUCGAGGAGGUGGCUGUGUAUUUCACCCAGGGGCAGGGGGCUCUGCUGGGCCCCGCUCAGAGAGCCCUCUACAGGGACGUCAUGCGGGAGAACUAUGAGAUGGUGACCUCGCUGGGAUUCCCUGUUCCAAAGCCUGACCUGGUCGCCCGGCUGGAACGAGGGGAAGAGCCGUGGGUUUCGGAUUGCCUGGCUAGUGAGGAAGGAGGCACCCGCAGAGCAGGUGAUAGGACAGUGAAUGACAACAAGGAUCCUGGGGAAAUGGAACCUCUGGAGGCGUUUUUGGGCAGAGCUGAAGGGAAUGUUCCCCAGGACUUGGAACAGGGAAUUGCCUGGGGAGAUGGACACAGAUCAGAGGUUCAGCUGGGAACCUAUCCCAGAAAGAAAAUGGGUGAAUCCAUUCCAUGUGGUGGAGCAUCCCAAGGAAAUGAUCCCAAGGAAAUGACCGUCCAGCAGACAAGUCACAAUGACAAAAAAUCCUACAAAUGCCUUGACUGUGGGAAAAGCUUUCGUCAUAGCUCAAGGUUUAUUAUACAUCAAAGAAUCCACACAGGAGAAAGGCCCUAUAAAUGCCCCGAGUGUGGGAAAAGUUUCAAUCACAGUUCAAACUUUUUUCAACACAGGAGAACACACACAGAAGAAAGACCCUAUAAAUGCCGUGAGUGUGGGAAAGGUUUCAGAUUGAAGUCCACUCAUAUUAAACAUCAGAAAAUCCACAUAGAAGAGAAACCCAAUAAAUGCCUGGAGUGUGGGAAAAGUUUCAUCCAGAAGUCACAUCUUAUUAUACAUCAGAGAGUGCACACCGGAGAGAGACCCUUUAAAUGCCAUGUGUGUGGGAAAAGUUAUAUUGACAACUCCAAGCUUACAAGACAUCAGCAAACCCAUGCAGUUGAGAGACCUUUUAAGUGCCUUGAGUGUGGGAAAGCUUACAAUUGGAAAUCAAGCCUGACUGUACAUCAAAAAAUCCACACAGGAGAGAAACUCAAUACAUGCUUGGACUGUGGGAAAUCUUUCAGCCAGAGUGCAUACCUUACUUAUCACAGGAGAACGCAUUCAGAAGAAAGACCCUAUAAAUGCUUUGAGUGCGGGAAAGGUUUCAAUUGGAAAUCUACCCUUAAUUCACAUCAGAAAACCCACACCAAAGAGAAACCCCAUACAUGCUUGGAAUGUGGGGAAUCUUUCAGUCGGAGCUCACACUUUCUUGAUCACAUGAGACUGCACCCAGGAGAAAGACCCUACAAAUGCCCUGAGUGUGGGAAAGGUUUCAAUUGGAAAUCAGCCCUUAAAUCGCAUCAGACAACCCACACUGGAGAGAAACCCUAUACAUGCUUGGACUGCGGGAAAGCUUUCAGUCGGAGCUCACACCUGACUUAUCACAGGAGAACACACUCAGGAGAAAGACCUUAUAAAUGCCUUGAGUGUGGGAAAAGUUUCAGUGUGAAAUCAACCCUUCAUGCACACCAGAAAACCCACACUGGAGAGAAACCCCAUAAAUGCUUGAACUGUGGGAAAACAUUCAGUCAGCGCUCGUACCUUAAUAGACAUGAGAAAAUCCACCUGAGAGAGAGGUCUUAUGAAUGCCUUGACUCUAGUCACCUGUCCUCACCCCUGUCUUCCUCCAGGCCCCAGACUGUGCUCCCCGCUCACCUCGGGCUGUUCCCUGCAGGAGAAGUGUCCCUGGGGGCUGGUAACGCCUCCCCUCCCUGGAUCCCCCAGGGUUCUGGGCUCUGGGGAUCAAACAGGAAGGGAUCAGGCCAGUGGGUUCUGGAGAGAAAAGUGGGGAUUGAAUGGUGGGGGCUAAGGGAGCUGGGCAGCAGGGGGAGCUGGGUGCUGGGGCCAGGCGUGCCCCGUGGGGAGGACACGAGGGGGCACGUGCCCCCUGAAUGCCAUGGGCAGGAGGAGCAGGGUGCAGAACUUCCAGGUGGAUCAGAACACUAGCAGGAGGCCUGACAUCCAGAGCAGAGUUCGAGCUCCCCAAGCAUACCGGCAUUGGUGGGGGGAGCAGAGGGACGAGGGCCCACCUGCCA